AUGUCAUCCAAACAACCAACCGGACCUGCUCUCAUUCAAGUUCCCAACUUAUUCUCAAUUGUCGAAACUGGAGUAUAUAGAUGUGCUAGUCCGACCGCUGCUCAAAUACCUUUCUUGUCAUCUUUAAAUCUGAAAACGAUAAUAUCAUUAACACCUGAACAUCCUAUAAAACCUCUACUCACUUUUAUCCGAACAUCAGGCAUCGAUUUUAUGCAUUUGGGAUUGACUUUAUGGAGACCUCAAGGAACAGAUUGGAAACCAGUUAGAGAUGAAAUAAUCAAAAUUACUUUAGAGAAAUAUAUACUUGAUACUCGUUCUCAUCCUGUUUUACUAAUUGAUCCUAUUGGAGUACAUCAGACUGGAUGCGUAGUGGGUGCACUGAGAGUUAUGCAAGGUUGGAAUUUCGCUUCCACAUUAGUCGAGUACCGAGCUCAUGCAGGUAGUAAACAUAGAUAUGCGGAUGAGCAAUAUAUCGAGCUAUUCGAUCCUGAUAUAGUGAAUCUACCUCCUCCGCAAUAUAGACCGCCAUGGUGGCUGCCUCUAUCUGCAUCCGACGGCGAGUCUUCAGAAGAAGAAGAAGAACAAGAGAAAGAAGUUCAGUACAGACAAGUAGAUGGCGUAUUCCCCGGACAAGAAGGAGCAAAGGAUAAUCCAGCAGGUGGCAUGAAAUCGAAAGAUAUCGUUGUACAAUAA